AUGCGGUUCGCAGUUCUAUUCAGGCUCUAUGUGCUGUGGGGCUGUGUGGUGGCCGCGACCUCAGCGAGCAAAGCUACCAAGAGGAAGGUGGCCGGCCGGAAGUCCAGGCAGGUGUUUGAGGCGGAGCCCGUGGACGGAGUAUGGUCUGAUUGGGGGGAGUGGUCCCAAUGCUCCCAAACCUGCGGAGUGGGCGUGUCUCUGAGGAACAGGCAGUGUAUAGCCCCUCCCCCUCCACAACUCCCACCCCUCACCCACAGUCCUCCAAACUGGGCAGGAUAUUUACCUGGAGGCGUGAGGACUCCUGUCAGCUCUCCUCUGCGUCCUUUUUACCCCCGUCACCCCGGGCAACACGUGCCCUAUCACGCCUCUGCCUACCCCAAUAACCACAACCAGGGGCUUCCUCUGUACAGGAACACUCCAGCAGACGGGGGAGGGCCGCCUGUCCCAGCACAGGCCAAUCCCUCCUCCUCUUUAUAUCAACCAGACUUCUCACCCGCAAGUCAGGAUCCUAAUCCAGUUUUUCAAUCGCCCUAUCAUCCUUCCUCACAAAGUCAUAACAACCAGCCGGCACGGGUCAUCAGGAGACCCACCAAUCCAGCGCCUGCAAGGUCAGGAGGAGGCGGGAACAGGCGUUCUGUUUCCAACAAUAAAGAAGCUGGGGCUACAAGGAGGUCUUCCCCAAUCCGCCCGGGCCAGUUCGGAUACGGAAGAGUCCCCUUCUCUUUGCCGCUGCAUCGUCAAAACAGACAAGCCAGGCACACUAUCAACGGCACAGACAUCACUCCUUCUUCAACGUCUGACCUGGAUGUCAAUGAAAACAAUAACCAAAAAGAGCAAAGGGAGGAGGCUGUUUUCGAAGAAGACCAGGAAAGCACAGGGACAGAAUCGCCCACAACCACCACCACAACCCGAAAACCAUACCGUCACGUUGUCCGACAAGCGUAUCCCGACCCAAGGCCCAGGGAAAGAGCUCCUCCUUUCCAAUUCUCACGUAGACAAUUUAACUGGAAUAGCGUCACGGCCCCUCCCCCACCCGUACCUGCACAGUCGCACCUAAAUUCGCCUGGGUCACCCUAUGCUCCGCCCCUUCACCGGCCCAACCAUUUGAACUGGGAGAGGGAGCAUCAGCCGCCCACCGGGAAUGUCUAUCCGCUCCAGCAUCCAAGCGUCCCGUACGGUGGAACCGAGGCGGGGCAAGGCGGAGGAAGAGUCGUCUACAGGUGCUCCGGAUCCGAGAAGGAAUAUCGGAGGUGCUUUUCACAGCCUCUCUGCCUCCGUGUUGUCAGUUCCUCUCCUGUGAUAGUCAGGUCCUUCCCAGGCUCUAACACUGGCCUCUUGUCCUUGAACACUUAUUUGGAUGGAAACUUCCUGCUACUGCUCCGCUAUAAAGACUGUGUAUGCACUUGGCCUCCACCUGAAUAUACACCUCUGCAGUGGCCCUUCACACAUGAUUAUCAUCUCCCUGAACUUCAGGAGCCCCUGGUGACAACUCAAGCCAUCAUCCCCAGAGCUGCAUAA